AUGAAUGAAAAGGAUGUAUUGAAGUCCAGAAGAAUAAAGGGACGACAAAUAAAGCAUGCGCCUUUGGUGCCGAUAAAGCUGGUCGUUGAACAUGAAACUCAGAUUUUGAUUAAGACUUCUACUCCAUAUGUCGCUGCACUAAAAAGAAUACGAAAGGCUCUUGACAAGUUUGAUAAAACUUCAACAUCGAAUAAGAAAUAUUGCAAUGGAGAGUAUAAGAAAGUGAAAUAUAUAUCCGUGAAAGGAAUGGGGCGAGCGAUAGAGAAAACCCUUUCGAUAGGGCUCAAUUUUCAAGAUGAGUUAGGUUACAGGAUUGAUAUCUUGACUGGAAGUGUUGAGGUGCUUGAUGAAUUCGAGGUGGACGAUGAAAACGGAGAAGAGGAGUACGAAGAGUCAGUAUAUAAAAAAAGAAUGGUGAGCUUCGUUGAAGUAAGAAUCUUUCUUAAAAGGAAUAUUUAA